AUGAGAAGAGGAGGAGAAGUUGCUGGGAAAAAUCACGAUCCACCCCAGGCUCCAGUUGAAGGAGUCGCUAUGCCAGUUAAUCCUGGUGGGUUUACCGAUGCGAAGAUAUGGCAAGAUAGCCGAUCUUUGGGCGGAUUUCCGAUCAUAUGGGGGCUGUUUAAUACAGCCUUCCUAGAGAGAUUCUUCCCAAGGGAGAUGAGAAAGGCCAGAGUUGAGGAGUUUGUCAACCUUAUGCUGGGAUCAAUGACAGUCAGGGAGUAUUCCCUAGAGUUUGUUAACCUAUCGUGGUAUGCUACUUCAAUUGUAUCUAGCUGCAGGAAUGAGAUGAUUAGGUUCCUCAAAAAAUUACCAGAGAUUUGUUGGAGGAGUGUUGAUCUGCGUUGCUCCACAAUAACAGGAACCUCUCCAGGUGCAACAGCAGCCAAGCCUCCUAAGAGGAACAGGUUCUACGCCUUGAAGGCAAGGGAGGAGCAGGAGAAAUCUGCUGAUGUGGUUACAUGUAAGCUUCAAGUAUUCUCAAAUUCUACUAAUGCUUUACUUGAUCAAAGUUCUACACUUUCUUUCAUAACUCCAUUACUUGCUAUCACUUUUGAUAUAUUUCCUGAUGUUCUACGUGAUCCUAUAGUGAGAGAGUUUAAUCUACAACAGCGGAUAUGGUUGGAGCUGUUGAAGUACUAUGACAUGAAUGUUCAAUACCAUCCAGGUAAAGCUACUAUUGUAGCUGAUGCUUUGAGAAGGAUGCGCAUGGGAAGUACAACCCACGUUGAGGAUAGGAAGAAGGAUUUGGUGAAAGAUGUACAUAGACUUGCAAGAUUGGGUAUGCGGUUAGUUGACUCUACUAGUGGGGGUGUUUCACUUCAUCCUCGUUCUGAAUCGUCCUUGGUAGUUGAAGUCAAGAAGGGUCAGCAUUUUGAUCCUGUUUUGAUGGAGUUAAAGGACUUAAUCAUUGAAGAGGCUCAUGGUUCAACAUAUUCCAUACAUCCUGGUUCCACCAAGAUGUAUCCUUAUCUUAAGAAGAUAUACUGGUGGGACGACAUGAAUAAGGACAUUGCUGAAUAUGUGGCCAAGUGUCCUAAUUGUCAAAAAGUUAAGACAGAAAAUCUUAAGCCUAGCGGUCUUACUCAGAUUAUUGAGGUUCCUACUUAG